UGCUACUGCGCCGCGUCUCUUUGUUCCAGUGCUCGGUAGCUAUCUCUCGCCUCUCUCUCGGCAGUCUGCAGUCUCUCCUCCUCUGCCUUGCCUCACUGUGCAUCGGGCUGGAUUAAGCAGAAAGAAUGGCUGUCAACCUGACCGCGAACAGACCAGUCCUCCUGUCUGCGUACAGCGAUGUGAUCUCCGAGACGUCUCCUACUGACUGGGCUCUCUUCACAUAUGAGGACAACACAGAUAAUCUCAAACUCGUCUCCUCCGGAGAGGAGGGUCUGGCCGGCAUCACCCCUUUCUUUGACAAUGGCCGCAUCAUGUACGGGUUCCUGGGCGUCAAGGAGCCUGCCAGUGCCGUCCUCCCCCAGUACAUCCUCAUUAACUGGGUCGGCGAGGAUGUGGCAGACGUCAGGAAGUGCACCUGUGCCAGUCACGUGGCCACCAUCGCAGACUUCUUCCAGGGUGUGAACCUGACGGUGAAUGCCAGUAAUCUGGAGGACAUCGACCCGUCUGCCAUCAGCCAGAGACUGACCAAUGGGGCGGCCACCGGCACUGGUGCUGUCAUCAGCCGCCUGAAGGCCAAGGAGGAUGACAACAUGGCAUCCAACUUCCAGAAGGCCAACUCCGCCAUGGAGGUGCGCAACAUGAACUGGGAGCAGUUCUGGCUGAAGGCUCAGCGUGAGGAGGAGGAGAGGAAAGAGGAGGACAGGAAGAGGGCGCUGGAGGAGAGACAGAAAUUUGAGGAGGAGCGACAGGCCCUGGAGCAGAAGGAGCAGGCGGAGAGAGACAAGCGCUCCCGCGAGAGAGACCAGCAGAUCGAGGAGUGCAGGAGGAAGAGAGUGGAGGAGGAGGAAGAGAUGGAGAGAUCUAGGACGAGAAUUACUCCGGAGCCCGAGGAGCCAACCCUGGCGGACAAGAAGGAGGUGGAGGUGAGCGAGGCUGCAGCCAUCAUUGCACAGCGCACGUCAAACCCGCGAGACUUCUUCAGACAGAGGGAGAGGAGCAUGGCCUCCCCACACUCCCCCUCCGCCACCACCCCCAUCCAGAGGCCAGGCCGCGUGGAAAGCCCCUUUCUGUCUCAGCAGUGUUCCGCGAGCGCCUCACCUGUGUUGCAUCAGCCAGGUGUACCUGACGGCCUUUCCGAUGACGUGGCCCCCACCCCCCCUGCUACCCCCCCAGCUGUGUCCCAGCCCCCCCCUCCCAUACCCACCAUUGUCACCACCACCAUCCAGGACUCGGACCAACUGAGGGAGUGGGGUGAACCGGACCCCAACUCCCCCUCCUACAACAACACCCAGAUGGAGGACCAACCCUUCGGCUCCUCCACCACCACCACCACCACCGACCCCUUCGGAGACCCCUUCGGCGACACCUCCCGUGCCCCAGCAGUAGCCUCCCCCUCCUCCUCCUCCUCCUCUCCCUCCUACGGAGACGGCGGAGAGGAGGGGAGCGGAAGGAGGCCCAUGCCCCUGCUCAGCUUCGACGAGGCGCCCGGCGACAACAAGGGAGACUGCAGCCUGGUGGACCUGGUGUCCGGGCUGGACUCGGACGCCGGCCCACAGCAGACCUCCAGCUACCAGCAGGCCCUUCAGCACGCCUCCCUGGCCGGGCUGCAGGACCUCGACCUGGGGGAGGGCGGCGAGCAGGACGGGGGCUCCCCCCUGACCAUGACCAAUGGGGACUCCCAGCAGCAGCGGCAGGGUAAUGAUGGCUACUUCUCUCAUGAGAGCGGACACCAUGAGGACAACCUCCCCAAGAUGCCCAUGUACUCCACACCCCCUGCGAUUGACGUGACCUGCUGGGAUGCUGAUGGAGGGAUGGAUGAUGAUUAAAGGAGGAGAGUUGGAGGUGUCGCCGUGGUUACCGUACCUCUUCGCCAUGACGACGUCUCCAUGGCAGUCCAAACAACAACAACAACAACAAGCAUCUUGCAUCAAAACAAUAAGAGUAACAUUUUCAAAAACAACAACAACAAAAAAACGGAAUUAUAUUAUUUUAGAGGGAAACAAAAUACUUAAUUAUCCACCUGUGAAUGAUUUGGGGUAUUGUUAAAGAUGCCAGUGAGGUGAUGAGCUCUUGGUGUGUGUGCGCAUGUGUGUACGUGUGUGUGUGCGCAUGUGUGUGCGUGUGUGUGUGCGAGUAUGUACGUGCGCGUGUGUGUUUCUAUGUAUAUGUGUAUGGGUCAGAGAGAGACAACACAUAAUGUGUGUAUGCGUAUGUGUGUGCGUAUGUGUUCUAAUUUAUUUCAUUUUUCUCUUUUGCUAUGCAGAGUAGCGCCCCGUGCUAAUGUAUCGUAGCACUAACUUGUGUUGUAUGAAGAAAAAAAACCCAUUAGACUCCGUGUUACAAUCCAGAGUGCAGCACAGUAGCAAACAGAUACUCUCUCUCUGUGUCUUUUAUUUCUCUCUCCGUUUCCCCAUCUCUCCCUUUCCCCUUUUCCAUCAAUCCCUCCAUCACCACCUUCCCUUCCCUUCAUUACUCGGUCUUAAUGUAUCUCUCUCUCUCUCUCUCUCUCUCUCUCUCUCUCUCUCUCUCUCUCUCUCUCUCUCUCUCUCUCUCUCUCUCUCUCUCUCUCUCUCUCUCUGUCUCUCUCUCUCGUGUUAGACAUGCGACGCCUCUUGUGUCAGACAUGCGAAGUCUCUUCUGUCAGACAUGGACCCCCUGUACUGGUCUCUCUGUGGAUCAGUUGAAGAUCUCUCUGCAUGGCUGUC